CCGUGUGCCCUCCCCCCGGCAUCAAACGCACGUGUUGGGUGUGUUGUGCGGAGGGCUGCGCCGAUAUCACGGCGCUUAGCGGACCUCCGAGGCUUGUCCUGCCGCUGUUUGCGCUCCGCGGGGGCCACAACGAGACAAGCGUCGCAGUCACUGAAAAAUACGGAGCUGUUGGGAGGAAAGAACCGAGACCGUCUUCGGUGUGCGGUGCGGUGAGCGGCUGCAGGGCUGCUACUGUCGGACUUCACCGGACCGAAGGUUUUGAUUUCAGGCCCGACCCUCCGUCUUUCCGCGUCACGCUUCGAGGCUUCCCGAGCGGCGCCAUGAGCUCCAAGGUGUGCAAGAACUGCGGCGGCUCGGACAUCGACGUGGACCAGGCGCGCGGCGAUGCAGUCUGCAUGGGCUGCGGCUCCGUGCUGGAGGACAACAUCAUCGUGUCCGAGGUGGAGUUUGUGGAGACGGGAGGCGGCGGGUCGCUGGCUGUCGGGCAGUUUGUCUCCGCAGAAGCUGGAGCCAAACAUCCCUCUUUUGGAGAUGCACACCUCACGGGGAGGGAGUCCCGGGCUCAGACGCUGCAGAAAGCCAAACAGCACAUCAACACUCUGGGUCACCAGCUGCAGAUGAACCAGCACUGCUUGGACACGGCCUACAAUUUCUACAAGAUGGCGCUCAUCAAACACCUGACCCGCGGCCGCAAGGCCUCCCACGUCAUCGCCGCCUGCCUCUACCUGGUCUGCCGCACAGAGGGAACGCCACACAUGCUGCUGGAUCUCAGUGAUCUCCUGCAGGUGAACGUCUACGUCCUGGGAAAAACCUUUCUUGUCCUGGCCAGAGAACUGUGCAUCAAUGCCCCGGCUAUAGACCCGUGCCUGUAUAUUCCCCGUUUCGCCCAGCUGCUGGAGUUUGGUGAGAAGAACCACGACGUCUCCAUGACGGCGAUGAGACUGGUGCAGAGGAUGAAGAGGGACUGGAUGCACACGGGACGAAGGCCGUCGGGACUCUGCGGAGCAGCUCUUCUGGUCGCCGCUCGUAUGCACGAGUUUCGCCGCACCAUCAAAGAAAUUGUCAGCGUGGUGAAAGUGUGUGAAAGCACGCUAAGAAAAAGACUGAUAGAGUUUGAGGACACGCCCACCAGUCAGCUGACCAUCGAGGAGUUCAUGAAGAUAGACCUGGACCAGGAGUGUGACCCGCCUUGCUUUACAGCCGGACUGAGGAAGAAGAAAGCCCACGAGCUGGAGAUGGAGCUGAAGAAAAAGAUGGAUGACGUUGAAGAUGAAAUUCACGGCUACGAGGAUGAAAUAGACGCAGAGCUCCAGAGCAGCAGACCCAAACUGAGGGGAGUGUACGCGGCUUACGUUAAAGAAGACUGUGAAAAUGACAACGACGGCACCCUCACCACAUCGUCUAAAAUGGAAGACGAUGAGGAACCAGAAGAGGUGGACGAGCUUCAGGCCGUGGCCAAGCACUUUGGCAAAGACCUCGGCGAGCUCACGCUGGAGGCUCUGAUAAAGCUGGAGCAGAAGAGAUCAGGGGAGGAGGAGGAGGAGGAGGAGGAGGAGAACCAGGAGGGGGAUGUUCCACAGAGAAAAGGCCCAUCGCUGGAGUCCAUCCUGGGUACUAUGCCCUCAGCAGCCACUUUGGGUCUCUCCGAGUCCAUCAACAACUGCAUUGGAGACGAGAAGGAGAACGAUGGUGCCGCUGACAGCGGGGAGCUGGACCUGAGUGGGAUAGAUGACAGCGAGAUUGAGCUGUAUCUGCUGGAUGACAGAGAAGUCAAAAUCAAGACGGCGCUCUGGAUGGCGGAGAACUCAGACUACCUCAAAGAGCAGAAAGAAAAGGAGGCGAAGAUAGCGAAGGAGAAAGAGCUCGGGAUCUACAAAGAAAAGAAGCCAAGAGGCCCUGUGAAGAGGCGUCCCCCGAUCCGAGCCAGUACCGCUGACGAGGCCAUCGAGAAGAUGCUGGAGCAGAAGAAGAUCUCCUCCAAGAUCAACUACGAUGUCCUGAAGGACCUCAACAUCAAACCCGGCGCCAGCCCAUCUCGCAAACCCGAGUCGCCGAAGAAGGAACUGUCUGCCACCACGCUGACUGGGCGCAACCGCAAACCAAUACGAGCAGGACUGAGCCUCAGCACCCCACUCAGCACCCUGGGAAAAAGGCUGCAGCCGUUCAUCACCGGACAGCCCAACAAGAAGCUGGCUGUGGAGCAGGUUGCCAACUCCAACCCCCUGCCGGAGCCGGCGGGAGCCCCCGCCAGCGGAGUGUUGGUGGAGAGCGGGCCGGUCGUCUACGACGAUGCGGCUGCUGAUGAGGAGGAGGAAGAGGAAGAGGAGACUUGUGUCAGCGCCAUGGAGCUGAUGGGCAGCAACGAUUACGGCUGCGACGGAGAUUACGACGAUGGAUUCUAGCAGCGGCCUCCCCGGGUUACUAUCCCCUCCUGGAAUGGACAACUUUGAAUCCCUAACUGUGUCAAAUGUUUACUGCCGGGGACACGAAAUGGCCGCGGCUGCAGCUCGGCGCCGCGAUGCCAAGAGGAACGAGGAAUUCCCGUCAGGAGCAAAAGGGACAGGUGUGCGAGAAAACAGGAGAUGAUGGGGGGAAAAAAAAAACAAAGCAAAUCACACUACCUGUCCCAUUUGCCAUCCCUUCUGGACUAAGCUGAGGACGCACCGCUCGGACGCUGACAGAGGUGGUAAAGUGGAAAUGAGGGCUGCGUAUGGUCACAGGCAGACUGUAGUGACCUGCUGCAGAAUCAAAGGCACGAAGUAGUCCAGUAAGCACCGGUGUGUCCAAACGGGCUGGAAGACAUUUGGGUUAAAAUUUGGGCUGAACGAUUAGGUCACAAACUGCUGCUUCAACGGCACAUAAAUGACAUGAGCGUUCUGACCCGCUUCACUGAUACAAUACUAGUCAUUCUAAUGCUGCUGGAACAAGGGUUGUGGUUUAAAAAAAAAAAAAA